AUAAUAACCCUUGCUUUAUUAUCAAUAUAGCCAUGAAGCUGCUCACACUUUUCUUUUUAUUCUUAGCAGCAAUGGCUAUUGUUGCAGCUUUGGAUUUAGAAGAUUAUAACGAAGACAUGGACAUGCAAAGUCAAGUCACAGUGCCUGAAAACCAAGAACAAGAAGCUGCUUCUUUAAGAGGAGUGGGCCGGUUUCUUUCACAGUAUCACCAGCCAGCCAGUAUGACUUGCAACAAGUUUCCUUGGGUUUGUCGUCUGAAGAAUAGCCCGGGGCGGGACUGCUGCAAUAAGAAAUGUGUUAAUGUGAUUACCGAUCGCAUGAACUGUGGUGGCUGUGGAUGGAAGUGCAAGUACUCUGAAAUUUGUUGCAAGGGAAAAUGUGUGAAUACUUCCUUUGACAAGAGGCAUUGUGGUGGGUGCAAUAAGAAGUGCAAGAAGGGAGAGUUAUGUGUUUAUGGGAUGUGCAAUUAUGCAUGAUUUCAUUACUUUAUAUAGUAUGCAACUGUAAUACUUUUAUGCCUCUAGCUUCAUGCAAAAUUGAAUCUUGGUUCCAUAUAUGUCAAGGAUAUUGUUAAGUGGAGCCAAAAUGAAUUCAGUUUUACAUCAUGAAAGCAUAUAUAUAACUGUCAAUUUUUUUUUUCAUGCAAAGGGAAAAUGAUUUAAGAAAAAUAUUGAAACUGUU